AUGGUCUGUAGACGCGCCGCAAAAGCCCCCAGAGGAGCAGCAGUCGCCAAAGAUCGAGCCCUUGCAGACCUUGCCGUUUUUGCCGCAGCUGCCCCCGCGCCGCAGUGGUCCGUCGACGCUCCACAAAAGCCGCUGGCCGAGCAGCAGUCGCCAAAGGCAGACCCCUUGCACGUCUUCCCGUUGCUUCCGCAGGUGCCGUCCGUAGAGAUAUUAUCUGCUGUAGCACAAGUGCCGAACCCGGACUGGCACCCAGCCCCGCAGUGCGCGGUCGUGCCUCCGCAGAACCCGCUCGAGGAGCAGCAGUCCCCAAAGCUCGAUCCCUUACAAGUGCCAAAGGCGCUCUGGCAGGCUGUGCCGCAAUGGGCGGACGAGUCGCCGCACCAGUUUCCAGACGAGCAGCACGCCCCGAAGGUCGAGUUGGUACAGAUGAACUGGUUUGAGCCUCCGCAGGUACCAUCCGGAGACGCGUCACCGGGUCCGGGUGGCUUCACCGGGGGCGGUGGAGGCGCGUCACAAUUCCCAAAGGUUGGCUGGCUGCGCACCCUUGAUUAG